GCUACGACAGCGUUGUCGGUGGGCCGCACACCCCGGCAAAGAGCGGGCGAGGGCCGAAUGAAUCGCGUCUCUUCGUCAUGUAUCGUGCGAACCAGACGUACCCACGCUUUGUGGUGACCUACAAACGGAUCACCGCAAACAAGCUGAUUCGCAGCCCGGCGCGGAUGAAGACCACAGGCAGCCAAAGCUCGCAGACCCCUCGGCAGACGCCCCGUGCCUCCGGACCGCGCUUCGUGCCGGCAGAUGUCAAGGUCUCCCAACACGGCGGCCCGCUGCUUUGUGUUUCCUGGCUCUCUGGGCAGCUGUGUCUUGCCACUGCCGGGCAUGUGAUUCGAAUCGACGGUCAGCAGACACAGAGAACUGCCCUUCCGCACAGUGCAGAGUGUGCCGCUUUCGGCGCCUCCGGCUCUGUGGCGCUGUGGCUCAAGAGCCGAAGGCUCCUUCUCGCAGGGCCACAAGACGACCUCAGUGAGGCAGCCCUGGAGCAUCCUUGGACCGCGCAAGUGGUGGCCUGGAGUCCAGAUGAGGCAGAAGUUGCCACGGGCUCCAAAGACGGGAAAGUGCGGAUGUUCAGCGCUUCUUGGUACAGCUGUUUCCCAUCAUGGCCCUCCUAG